ACAACGAGCAGAAUCUUCAAGUAUUAUCUUCCUUGCAGACCAACGCUUCCGGCCUUCCCUUCCCUUGGACUUGCGCGCAACUCCAUUAUCGGAAGAUACCUGUAUAUGACGACCGUCGAUUCCCGUCAAUAUAUCCCAUGCCGAAGCUUGGAACUGGAUGAUCGUUGCUGUUGGGACCGUGCUGGUAUACCUCCAGUCCAUUUAUCCAAAGCCCGGUUUCUUCGUGGUUUUCAAAAUGUUCCGGAGCAGUGUAUUCUGGAGAACAUGUCGGUCACCCAGUCGGUGCCCUCCAUUGUUACUCGCAUCUCGAUACAACAUGAUUUCAUUGUUGGCGUGCAAACCCCCGUGGCCAAGCCUGAAAUUCUCUCUCGUUGGUUCCCCACUCCUUUCUGGUGGCUUCCUUCUGUUCGAGGACAGCAUGACGUAACUCGUGAGGUACACCUUGAAUCGGGCUCCUAG